AUGUUUUUAUAUGUUGACUUGAUCUUAAUUUUAUUCUUUUCCUCCUUUUUCUUGUCAGAGUCUUCUUCUGUUCUCUCAUCAUGCAGGUUAAGAAGACAGUUUUAUCUCAAUGGGAUUCACAAGCCUGGUGAUGUGAUGUUAGGUGGGUUGUUUGAAGUCCAUUACACCUCCAUUUUCCCUGAGCUAACAUUCACCUCAGAGCCAAGUAAGCUCAGCUGCCAGGGCUUUGACCCUCCAGGGUUCAGGCAUGCAAUGACCAUGGCUUUCGCCAUUGAUGAGAUCAACAGAAACUCCAACCUGCUGCCUAAUGUGACUCUGGGAUACAGUCUGUAUGACAACUGUGCUACACUUGUAAUCGGAUUCAGUGCUGCGUUGUCUUUGGUCAGUGGUCGAGAGGAGCAGUUUCUGCUUCUAGAGAACUGUUCAGGGACCUCUCCAGUUCUGGGGAUCGUGGGUGAUUCCUUCUCCACAUUUUCUAUUGCCACCUCUGAUGUAAUAGGUUUAUUCAACCUGCCCAUUGUGAGUUAUUUUGCCACAUGUUCUUGCCUGAGUGACCGUCACAGGUUUCCAUCCUUCUUUAGAACCAUCCCAAGUGAUGCUUUCCAGGUGCACGCCAUGAUUCAGAUUCUAAAGCACUUUGGCUGGACGUGGGCAGGUCUGUUGAUCAGUGAUGAUGAUUAUGGACACCACGCUGCCCAGUCCUUUCAAACUGAGUUGGUUCAGUCUGGUGGAGGUUGUCUGGCGUACACAGAGAUUUUGCCCUGGGGUGAAAACACAGCUGAACUAUGGAGGAUUGUACAAAUGAUGAAGAAAUCCACAGCUCGUGUGGUUAUCGUGUUUGCACAUCAGAUUACCAUGAUUCAGCUAAUGGAAGAGGUGGUGAGGCAGAAUGUAACAGGCCUGCAGUGGAUGGCUAGUGAGGCCUGGACAACAGCAGCGGUGCUCCAAACUCCCCACCUCAUGCCGUAUCUGGGUGGCACACUGGGCAUUGCAAUCCGUCGAGGAGAAAUCCCAGGACUCAGGGAUUUUCUGCUAAGAACACAUCCUGACCUAUAUGACAACAAUAACCAUGGAAAUAGCAUGGUAAGGAUGUUUUGGGAACACACAUUUCAGUGCAGAUUCCCUCCACCUCCAGCAGGUUGGGUGGAAAGUGGAGGAGCAAUAUGCACUGGAGAAGAAGUUCUAGAGAGUGUGGAGACAGAGUUUUUGGAUGUUUCCAACCUCAGGCCUGAGUACAAUAUUUACAAGGCUGUGUAUGCUCUGGCAUACGCCCUUGAUGACAUGCUGCAGUGCACACCAGGGAGAGGGCCAUUCAGUGGAAACAGCUGUACCACUUUACAAACAAUGGAGCCCUGGAAGUUUUUGCAUUACUUGGAAAAGGUCAACUUCACCACAUCCUUUGGUGAUCAGGUGUCAUUUGAUGAGAAUGGUGAUGCCUUACCAAUCUACGAUGUCAUGAACUGGCUGUGGAUCCCUGAUGGACGAACUAAAGUUCAGAAUGUGGGAGUUGUUAAAAAGACCACCUUGACAGGUGAAGAACUCACACUUGAUGAAGACAAAAUCUUCUGGAACUUUGACUCCAAACAGCCACCACGGUCUGUGUGCAGUGAGAGCUGCCCUCCAGGUACCCGCAUGGCCAGAAAAAAUGGGCAACCUGUGUGCUGCUUUGACUGUGUCCUUUGUUCUGAAGGAAAGUUCAGCAAUAAGCCAGACUCGGUGGAGUGCACCAGUUGUCCAGAGGAUUUUGCAUCCAGUCCCCAGCGUGACCACUGUGUUCCUAAGAAAAUAGAGUUCCUCUCCUACCAUGAGCCUCUGGGUAUCUGCCUGACAAGUACCUCAUUAUUGGGCACAUUUAUCUGUGCUGUUGUCCUGGGUAUUUUCAUCCAUCAUCGCAGCACACCUGUGGUACGCGCCAACAACUCAGAACUGAGCUUUCUGAUUUUGAUGUCACUUAAACUAUGCUUCCUGUGUUCACUGCUGUUCAUUGGACGACCCAGACUGUGGACAUGUCAAAUGAGACAUGCAGCCUUUGGGAUCAGCUUUGUGCUUUGUGUGUCGUGCAUCCUGGUGAAAACCAUGGUGGUUCUGGCUGUUUUCAAGGCCUCCAAGCCAGGAGGUGGAGCCAGUCUCAAGUGGUUUGGUGCUGUGCAGCAGAGAGGAACAGUUUUGCUUCUUACCUGCAUUCAGGCAGCCAUCUGUGUUGUGUGGAUUGUCUCGGCAUCGCCACUGCCUCACAAAAACACUCAGUAUCACAGUGACAAGAUAGUUUAUGAGUGUGUAGUUGGUUCCACUGUGGGUUUUGCUGUGUUAUUGGGUUAUAUUGGAUUACUGGCCAUCCUCAGCUUCCUGUUAGCAUUUCUGGCCAGGAAUCUUCCAGACAACUUCAAUGAGGCCAAACUCAUCACUUUCAGCAUGCUGAUCUUCUGUGCUGUGUGGGUGGCCUUUGUUCCUGCUUAUGUCAACUCCCCAGGUAAAUAUGCAGAUGCAGUGGAAGUUUUUGCCAUCCUGGCAUCCAGUUUUGGCCUCCUGGUGGCACUGUUCGGACCCAAAUGUUACAUAAUCCUGCUGAGACCAGAGAGGAACACAAAGAAAGCAAUCAUGGGUCGAGCCACCUCUAAAUCAUAAAGUAGCAGUAACAGUUAAAUGGUCAACGUUGUUUGAAUUAUUUCAGUUGAGAUCUGUCCAUUAAUCAGUGUACAACAAUAGGUUACCCUCUUCUCAACUUUUAAAAGGUCUGUCUACAAAGAAUACAUCUGGCAGUCAGUAAAAAACAAUAAAGAAAUGUUUGCGU